UCGCGUGCAUGUGCGCCUGCCUGCCGUGUGACUUGUGUCUUAACUCACACUGCACUCUUCUUUGGAAACGCACUUGUCGUCUUCCAGCUCGCCCACGACACCCAGUCGCCAGCCUUCAUUCUGGAGGAGAACGCCCCAGUCGAGUCCGGCGGGGGGUCCGCGGGCGCCGCGCCGUCCCUGAGCCCCGGACCUUGGCAGAGCGAGAGCCUGCUGGCGGAGUCCUGGUCCACCAUGGGGGACGUGGACCCCGAAGAUGCCAAGAGCCUGGACGGCAGCGACGGGGGGGCGGCUGCGGACAACCACUCGUCCAACUCCGACAUGGUGCACCUGGAGGAGGAGGAGGAGGAGGAAGAGGAGGAGGAGCUUCAGAGCAGCGUGUUGGACCUCCAGGCUCCAGAGACUGAGGAGCUCCCGUCGUCGUCGUCGAAGGAGCCUCACGCGGAAGCCGAGGUCAUGCAAAUGUCAUCCCCGCUGCCCAUCUUCCGGCUGGAGCCCCCCUCCGCCACCUCCACGCCGACCCCCUCAACCGCAGCCGCCGAGGAGCCCCCGUACGCCACGCCGGGCCUCCUCCCGCCCUCGUCCAUCGUCGCUCCCGUCGUCGCCCGGGACGUCCCCUCGGAGGAGUUGUCCAAACCGGGGAGUCCCGCCGAUAUGCCCGUGCUGCUGUGCGGGGGCGCCGCUUUGGUGGCCGUGGUGGGCGUGGUGGCGUACGGCGUCGUGGCCUACUGCAGGAAGUAGAAGGAAAAACAAAAACAGAAACCAAGACUCUGCCUGUGUUCGGAAUCAUUCGCUCAUUCCCAACUCACUAAUCACUCGAUAGGAAGUUUUAAAUGACACCCACGUCACUCACCAGGCCAGGCCACGCCUUUUAAAGCCAUACACGCUCACAAUCACAGCUUCAGCAGCAGAAUGGGAGAAUGGCGACUCCAAGUGGACAAAAAUAAUACCAUCACAUGCACUUUUAAUUAGGCAAAUCCAUUUUUAUCCAAGUAGUUGAUCCAUUGAUGGGAAAAUCGGUAGAAUAGCGCUAUUUUCAGGAUUUUAAGUAGAUUUCACAAAAUGGAGGGAAACAAAGCACUUUGUCCUCUAUUGUGUGAUAUGUUUUUGUAUCAGUGCAAUCCAUCAUAUAUAUAUAUAUAUAUAUAUAUAUAUAUAUAUAUAUAUAUAUAUAUAUGUUUUUGUGCCUUUGUGUCUCUGCCUCAUCAUCAGACUUCAAAAUAUGUAAACAUCUACUUUAUAUACAAUGGUGAUUUCUUUUAAGUCUCUUGUAGCAGAAAUCAAUAUUUAGGCGAACAGCUCUUCCACACCACCACAAAACAUUUGUACAAUUAUGAAUAUUUGGAUUUUUUUUUUUUAAUACAAGAACUAACCUGCGGGAUACUUCGUGGUCGCCUAAACGGCAACUUUGCUCGGAUGGCAAAUUUGAUACGCGUAUCAAGGCAGGAACUCAACUCAGCUCACUUCACAAUGAGCAGCAUUUGGCAGAUAGUGAAGAAUCCUUCGAAAAAAGGCGCAUCGCGAUGGUCAUUCGCACCCCAGUCGAGGUUUACUGUCAAGCGAAGAGACCCGAAGACUUGCUGCGCUCUUCGAAUGUUUUAACCAGUGGAUACUUGACCACCAACAGUGGGGCAACGCAUGUACACAGACAAAUAUCACAAUACUCACAGGCAUAUAUUCUUUAUCCUUUACGGAAAACGCCAAAUAUCAUUGCGGUUUACUGGGUCACUGAGAAUGGCUUUGCAAUUCAUUUCAAUGCGGAAAGAGGAUUUGAGAUACAAGUGCGGUCGCAGAAGGAAUGAAACUCACCGCACAUAACAAACGCAGCUCUUUCCUGCCGGCUGCUGGCCCCUCGGCCGCAUUACAUCCGUUCGGCAUCCGCUCCGGUUACCUGGCCUUCAACUUUCCCAUCAUAAAGCAACGACAAUUCAGGAUAGGUGUGACUUUCUGAGAUUGACUCUGCAACACUUCUUCAUUUUCGCAACCGCGUGACUGUCAAAAUACUAAAGAAGAACAAUGGUGUGGACUGUGCGGUCGUGCAGGCAGCUAUUGCGUGAAGAAGAGGAAGGAACGCGCUCGCUUCUUUGUUGGGACUGAAAAAAAUAACACCAGAAAAUUGACCGCAGCACACAACUAAAGACUCUUAUCUUUCUAUUCCCCAUAAAGAUAAACUGAUAGAUAACCCGAGAAAUCAUCAUUUAUCAUCAUUUCCAUUUAAGACAGGCGCCCGUUUCCCCACAUUCUCACAUCCCGACCCGACAAAAUAAGAAAACAAAGUCGUUUAGAGCUCGUCAAUCAUGUUUGGUCACCUGCAAAGCCAACGACCACACUAGUUUGACUAUGCUGAUUAAUAGUUAGCGGGAAAUUAACCUUUUUAUUUCGUGCAGGAAGAAAAAUCACAUUUCAAACAGCGACAACGAUCUGAUUUAUAGAGCACUUAAAAAUAAUAAACUCAGAUGUAAUAAAGUGCUGCCCAUAACAAUGAUCAACCAUAUAUAUGUAUAUAACAACCAUUAUGUUUGUUAUAUACAAUGAGAUAAAAAUUUUUUGCAAACUUGUUUCCCCCCCAAGUUUAAGCAAUUUUGUAACUACCUAACGUUCACCUUAAAAAAAAAAAAAAAAAAGACAUUUAAAAAGAUUAAACUAAAUAAUUUUAGACUGGUGGCGCAGAUGCCAAACAUAGAGCAAAACCCGUUGAAUUCUUUACCUUUAAUUAUGUAAUUAUGCCCUUCCCGUAUGUUUUAUAGAGUACAAUAUUAUAGAGUAGAAUUUCCCCCCAAAACCCAUGACAACCAUUUGUGUUACUGGAACGAGGACUUGGGAUAGCGUUUUCUGUUCCGAGCGUGGCCCCCUGAACAAAAUAAGGCACUGCGGUACGACUCGGCGGGUGUCCCUCAUGACGUGUCCAACAACUUUCCCAGAAAGAUAACAACACGACGCGGCAACACCUGCACGCUGCCGUCACGCUUGAGCCGCCGCCUGACAAGUUGCGGUCUCUUAUUUAUGGAGGCGAGGCGUACCCCCCCCCCCCCCCCAUAACCACACGCACACCCUCCAGAAUGGAAAGCGGGAAAGAUGUAUUGAGAGCAAAGCUUUGCGGUGCAUUGUGUUAUCAGCCGUGGCAGGAAACACACACACAUGCAUUUGCAGGCCUGCACAAACACACACACGCACGCAACUUGAGUGACAUGAAGUAUGAGAGCGCAAUAAGACGACACCGUAGUGAGUAAACACAAUAAGGACGUAUCACAUGACGACUCCUCUGCGGCCUUCCCUCUUUCCCAUAAUCGCCUUUUUUGUUUUUGUUUUAAUUCACAGUUGAGGCGCGGGCGCACACUUAACGGGCCCGAAUGGGGAACUUGAGCAGCAAGUCGGUUGAUAUUUAAAAACGCGGCGCCGGAGAUAAAUGAACUUCCCGAAAAAAAGAAAGUGUUUAUUGGAAGAAGGCACACACGCGGUUGUGUGUUCGACACGCAGGGUUGCGUUAACUAUUAACCUCGAUGAGCAGCACGCUUACCUCGCCGACGUGUUCGCGGCACGCCGGGGACUGGUCAUUGGUCAUUUUUUUUUUAAAAUCGAGUAACUAUAUAAUUGUGGGGAAACUAAAUCAAAUUUGUGUAUUUAUUGAAUGUAAAAAAAGAAGAUCGAUCGAUAAAAGUCAUACACAAAUGAUCUAUUCGUUAAAGCGUAGUGUAUCCAAAAAAAAUCAAUCAUUUUUAACCAUCCCUUUUAUGACCCAUCUUUUUUUAAUCAUAUUCGAGAUUAUACAUCCUUCUGGUGUAUGCGACUUGGCCACCGGGGGCAGCAUUACACAGUCCUGGGGACACAAAGGACGAAGAGUUUCACAACUUCUGGAAGUGAAUCAGUAAGCCGCUGUAAUAUCAGUCGUGUUUCGCAGAGGAUAAAGAAUAUCGUGCGACCGUAUCCGUUGCUUUGUGGGCUCCGAUACCGCGACCAUCGACGUUAUUCGUUAGCCGGUUUAUCGCGUUUCGCAUCGUGUGUUAGCAUUAAGCUAUCGGAAGGAAACAUGCGGUCGUUUUCAAGGCGUAACGUGUAAUUGGCCGUUUUACGUUUAGCUUGACAGUCGACUUCAACUGGGAGUGGCUUGAAGCCUCUUUGAAC